CUGCUCCAGCGUACACUGUCCCGAAAGAGCAACGACGGCGGCAACGGCGGCGGCGUUGGUGGCGGCGAUCAGCUGAAACGCUUUGCUUUUGGCGUAGCAGCCUCAGUUUACGAACGGCUUCUUGUCCGACGUGAGCACAGCCUCUAUGACAUACCUACUUAUCUUAUAAAUAAAAUAUCUCGUCGUCUUCUAUCGGCCACAAUUUAAUAAAUAUUAUAAAACUGUCUGUAUCUUGAACUGUUUGAUUUCAAAGCAAAAUUUCAGUGUGGUGGCCAGUAGAAACGUGCUGCUAACCAAAGUGUCAAUCCGUGUGGUAUAGAUAUAAACAUUGAAUCAGCUAGUGCACUAAAGAGACACAAUUAAGGACAAUUGCGUUGAUUGCGCCUCAAUUACGUAAUAAAUACCGUAAUUAAUUCGACGACUGUUACAACUAUUCUCAAUUCCUCUGUCUUCUGCUCUGAAAAACUGAUGAUGUGUGUGUACUGAACAUUUUCCAAAAAGCUAUCAUCUUACGCAGAGUAUAAUGUGGCUCUAAACGAAACCUGCGGCUAGUUUCUUCCAUUGAAAAGGACAUAAUAAAGACAAAACCAGUCAUGAUUACGAAGUAUUUGAUUGUCUUAAUGCUGGUGGAUACGUCGCUCGCGCUGACCUGCCCUACUGGCUGCGAAUGCAACGACGACACCUAUGUCGUCAAAUGUGAGAGAAGCAAACUGGACGUUCUCCCCAUCACGCUCAACCCAGCCAUACAGCGUUUAGUACUACGAAACAACAAGAUUAAGACGGUGGAUGGUGCCGCUUUCCAGUUCUACAGAGAUUUGCAAUACGUCGAUCUCUCUAGCAAUCACCUAAUCAAUAUUCCCACCAAGAGUUUUCUGCAGCAGGAUAAACUACAAGAGCUGCACCUCAACAAAAAUAAAUUAUCUAUGGUGAAUAACAAAACGUUUCAAGGUCUGAAGUCCUUGACGGUGCUCAACCUGCGCGAAAAUUUCAUUCAGGAAUUACCGCACGGGCUCUUCUCGAUACUGCCCAAGCUCGAGGAAUUGAAUCUGGGACAGAAUCGCAUCUCGAAGAUAGACGCUCUAGCGUUCGACGGUUUGCUAGCACUGCGCAUUCUCUUCUUGGACGAUAAUCAACUGACGUCCGUGCCGACGCCGUCGUUUUCCGUAAUGGGUAGCUUGGCGGAAUUGCACGUUGGACUCAAUGACUUUACUGUUCUGCCAGACGAUUCGUUUGCGGGUUUGGGCAAGUUGACCGUGCUGGAUCUAAGCGGUGCUGGGCUCUCCAAUAUCAGCGAGAACGCCUUUCGGGGCAUGACUGGCUUGCGCAGUCUUAACUUGGCAGAUAACCGCUUGCGGACGGUUCCCACACAACAGUUGUCGCACCUGAACCGUUUGGAAGAACUCACCAUCGGUCAAAAUGAAUUCGUCGAACUGGAAGAAAACUCUUUCAAAAACUUGAAUAAUUUGCGCAAACUGGACGUCACCGGUGCGUCGUAUCUUGAACGCAUUGCCAAAGGAGCGUUCAACGACAACCUCAACCUGGAAACGAUCAUACUCGCCAGCAAUCGCAAAUUACAACGUAUUGAUGAUGGUGCCCUGGUGGGACUGCCCAAUUUGCGGCAUUUGACAUUACGAGAAAACUCGUUCACUAGCUUCGCCGAAUCGAUGCUUGCGUGGAACGAAUUACGCUCGCUAGAGCUCACCGACAACCCAAUUCACUGCGAUUGCCAGUUACUGUGGCUGGGAAAUCUUCUCGCCAUGAAGAACCUCACCACCGUGCAGUGUAUGUCACCGCCUCAGUUGAAGGAGAAGACACUGCGCACUCUGAGUGCUGACGACCUCGGCUGCUCAUUUCGCGACCCUCGACAGAAGGCUAUCCUGGUGACGCUGUGUGUGAGUGCACUGCUUAUCGUUUGUAUUAUCGGGCUGCUGCUCUUCAGGUAUCGUCAGCGAGUGCGCGAAGCACUUAAACAGCACAAGUGGAACAAGCGCACCCCCAUCAGCCGCAAGGAGCACGAAUACCAGAAGACAUUUUCCGAUGAAGAGUUCAUCAUCCGCCAUGCACACCAGCACAACCUGAAGCCAAUACCGGUGACGGAAUUGUAGCUAGAAUUGAGCGCGCCGCCGACAGGAGUAUUUUGCGUCGAUGGAAUUGACGUGGGUGGGCGGCGUGCUAGGACUACACCACGCGGUGCUGGCGGAACUCUGCCUGUUACCGGGUUUACAUACAUCACUGGCGAUACAUGCAGAGCGCACACACUUUCACGGACACUGAACCAUGCCGAUGGCAGUCAUCGUGGUACUAAUGGGUUUCCAAGAUAUCUUCAACAUUCUCACAACCAUCACCGAGAUAUUUACCAACAGUAAUAAUAACACGAUGUGAAAUAAAAGUGUGAAUUUGCACGCGUGCGAUGACUCCAAAUGAUCGGACAUUUAAAAUCCGUAAAAACAGAACGAUAUAUAAAUAAUAAGUUAUCUAACCAACAUGCAAACUAAUAAUAUAAAUUAUAUGAAAUCCAUUCCACGAUGUGAUUUUUACGAAAUUUUAGAGACUGUACAGUAUUUAGAGUUUAAGAUUACUCGUAGCUAUGUUGGUGAUUAUUACAUAUUAUUAUUAUUUGAGAAUCAACAAGGCAACUGUACAUUUAUCCGACGAGGUAUUAGUUUUGGAAUGUUGAUCGUUUCAAAUACAUGUCAGCUCUUUGAACUACGAAUUUACAAACAUGCCAACGUUGCCAGCCAACUUAGCUUCUCAAAAUCUUGAAAAUUAUUAUUUCAUUUGUUUCAUUCGACUGAAUAAUCGUGUGUUCAUUUUUAUAAUUUUGAUAAUUGCACUCAAAGUGCAAACUCUUGGGAUUCUCUGUAACUACUAAUCUACAUGAUUUGUAUAACGCUCAUUGUACAUAAAUAGCGUAUAACAUGCAAUACUAAUUCAAAAAUUAAUCUUACAGAGUGAACUUAAACAUUUGAAAAAUGAAACAUAUUUAUGAGCAAGUGUAAAUAACAAAUCAAAAACAUUUGAUUGUGCGGUUUUAUUGCAUUUCAUUUACUAUGUAAGCAUGGUUGUGAUUAAUUUCCAGUGUAAAGUUUUUAUUGUAACGUUUCAUUAUGUCUACUUUUGUAUCUUAAUAUGUUUUAUAACAUUGUGUUUACUUUCUGUACAUAGAAAAUUAUGAUGAACCGAAGAGAACUUUUAAAAACUUCAACAAUUUAUAACACUAUCGUGUGGGCCGACAGCAGAAAUUCCCGUACACGAUAGUUUUCGAAGAUACUAGUCAACAUCGUCGUAAUUAAUAUACGAUUAAUAUAAUUAUAUGGAAAUUACGUAUAAAAUGAUAAUAGAGAUCGCAUGUUUGUAGCAUAUUUUUGUGACUGACGACUGAAUGAUAGGCGAAUUAUUAUAUUCUGUGUGCGUGGCAAACGAAAGCGAAUGCGGAAACGUACAAAACAAAUGUGAACAAGUUUUAUAUUAAUUGUAUAUAUUAAGAUUAAUCUGAUAUGAAUAAACUGAUAGAGUUUUUGUACAUAUAAUAAUUAUUGAAUUAUAAACGACAAGCAACCAACAACCAACAAAUAAAAAUACAUUAAUAAUAA